GAUUAGCAGCACUAUGUGCGGGUUCCACUUCGUAUCCCUCCCUUUCUGUUCUGGAAACGCAAACAAAGCUUAGUUAAGAUCUAUCUAUCUGCGAAGUAGGUUCUGUUCUCGUAGGAGUGGGGAAUCCGAAACCGCGACGGAGAGAAGAACGGCUCGUUGGUUACCGUUUCCAUUUGGGUGUCGGAGAUCAUGGAUGGAUUGAGUCCCUUUAAAAAUAAAAAGGGCACGGAGCCAGAAUACCAUCAUCUCAGUACCUCUAGCUACCAAUGGUGAGUGACAUGAUGAAGACGAUGGUGAUCUCCGAGGAAGAAGCAAAUUGGUCGUGUUUGCCAGGUGAGCUUUUGGAUAGGAUUGGCCAUUGUUUAGUCAAGUUGAAGUAUUUUAUCCGAUUCCAAGCUGUUUGUAAGUCCUGGAGAGUAGCGCAGUCUCGGUCUAGGUUUAGGCAAUCCAUGCCAUGGCUGAUGCUUCCUCAUUGCCGCGACACUAUCAGUGACAGUGCGACCGCAGCGAGGGUUGGCUGUAAAGGUAGCGACUGCUGUAGGUGUUUCUACGAUCCCGAGGAUCGAACAUUUCACCACAUUGAGUUGCCCCAAGCUCUGGACAAGACCUGCCGUGGUUCUGCGUUCGGGUGGGUGUUUAUGAGGGAGAAGCUGCCAUCGGUGAUGCUGCUCAACCCUCUCAGCAAGGAUGAGAUCUAUCUGCCCCCGAUCACCGCUUUUCCUGAUGUGUUGGGGUUCCGCCCCGAGCUUGCGAGGAGGGAGUACUUGUUUGUGAAUCAGGAUGGGUUGCGAGUGGCGGAAGGGAAGAAGACUAUGGAGCGUCACUUCAUAUUCCGGGUUUGUCUUUCGGCUGAGCCCACUUCAGAGGAGUGUAUUGUAAUGGUCAUUCGCAAAUUUGAUGAUCACACUCUAGCGUUUUGCAGGCCGAAUCAUGACGAUAGAUGGACAUUGAUUCCUCGUGGUGGGAACAAUCCUGAUCUACCGAAACUGAUUUCUUUUGAGGAUAUUGUGUUUUGGAGAGGUCAGUUUUAUACCAUCAACUAUACCGGGAAGGUUUAUGUUUGUGAUCUUUCCCUCCCGCAUUAUCCAAAGUUGUCGUUGUUUCUAGACGAGUUUUCUCGAACUUCUAAGAUUUUUCGGAGUGCUAGCCAUUUUUACUUAUUAACCAGCCCUGCCCAUGACGAGUUGAUGGUGAUUACUAGGCAUGUAAGCUGCCCCGAUUAUGAUGAUGAUGAGUUGGAGACUGUUAAUCCGCAUGUAAGGUAUCCAGAAAACGAGGAUGGUGGUGUUGUUAGCGACGAUGAGUGGAUAGAUGACGAUGAUGAUGACGAAGAUCUUCCGUCGGAUAAUGAGCAGAUAGAUGAUGAUGAUGAUGACAGUGACGAUUACCAUCCUGAGUUUCUGCCUGGCAAUGAUGGUGGUCACGGUAGAGUUGACAUUUAUGGUGUCGAUAGCGAGUUAGAUGACAAUGAUGAUGCUGAUGCUAAUGAGACUCAAUUGUUGACUGAUAAAUUCAGAGUUUUCAAGGCGAUGGAAGGUAGGAAUGGAUGGGAGGAGGUUGAAGGUAUCGGUGAUUUUGCUCUUUUCUUGGGGUACAACAAGCCUACUUGGGUUUCCACCAGAGAACACCCUGAACUUGCUCCCAAUUCUAUAUACUUCACGGACAAUAUGACUAGUUUGCAUCGUCGUCGAAAAGUUGCAGGUGCUGACAUGGGUGUUUACGACCUCACUACUCACACCAUCAGCCCAUUCUAUUGUACAUCAUCAGUCCACAAGAACCCUUCUUUGAUUUUCCCAUUACCCAUAUGGGUCUUACCCUCCAACUACUAAAAGGAGAAGUUAUGGGUGUUCUUCUCCCCUGCCCUGUUGGUGGUGUUCUGUCUACUCUUUUCGGAUUGCCCAGUUACUCUUGUAUCAGUUCCUCUUUCUUUAAUUUAAUUGGUCAAGCAAUGUCUAUCCUCUUUCUCAUUGUGCUUUUCUUCUUUUGACACUGUCAAGCUAUGUAUUUUUUAUUUAUCAUACUGUCAAGCAAUGCAUUUCUAUGGUCAUAAGCUUCAUGUAUCAAUUGGCUGUUAUGAUAUUAUCAUAAAGUUAAAUCUUUUGUCAGUGCAAAUCUCAGUCUCUCAUGUUCAAAACUCAAAUGCAUAUUUUUCUCCAAAAUUCUGUACCAUAGUUAUAUUUGAAAAGGUACAUACCUGGAAGUUGUCAAAUACUCUGUGUAGAAUGUUAUCAUCAAAUUGCUUCAUUGCAUACCAUGGUCCAUCCCCGACUCCAACAAAAACAAUAGAGAGAGGACAAUGGCUGUUGUGCAGAAUAUACCAGUACAGUUAAAACUUACAGUCAGCCCAUGAAUCAUUCAUUCAGGAAACAGUUCAUUACAUGGCAACAAGCCAACAACUAUGGAAUUCAAGGUUGCUUGUUCUUGCGGACUGCAACUCCCGCGUGGAAUACCAGGAUUCCCGGCAACCUUUAUACGUGGGUUUGGGUAGUUAGCAUCAAAUCAAAUAGCUUUUUUCAGAAGGAAGACAGUGUGCACAAAUCAUAAACAAAAUGAAUGUCCAGACAUUCAUUUGCUUGUCAAUGGCUAUAUCUAGUUCCAGAGAAAAUCUUUAAGGUCAAUUGACCAAUGCCAUUCCAAUUUGUAUAACAUAAAGCUCCAGUAUUUAU